GUGCUUUUCUACUGGUAACAAACUUCUUCACGCCAAAUCUUUCAUCUCAACAUACGUGAAUGUAAACACUUAAUACAUACUGCUAAAUUUUCUAAACGUUAUUUAUAUUGAAAUAAAAUGUGUUGUAUAGUGAAUUUCUCUAGAUUCUCUUUUAAAUUAUAUAUUCUUUUUAAUUAUAAAAUAUAAAAAUAGCAAAUAUAGAUCUAAUGAAUUGGACGGAUUUACCAAAAGAAAUCAACGAAGAUUUUGUUUCAUACAAAGGAGAUUAUGAUUUUCCCCAAUAUCUAUCUGAUGAAAAAGAGUGGGUCAAUUUCAAACAUAAAAAUUUUGAAGAUAAUAUAGAAAUUUUUGAACCCUUCUUAAUAAUGGAAUUGUAUAGAUUUAUACCUUAUUUUGAGGGUAAACAUGUCAAAUUUCAUCCUCUUAAUAUGCCUUAUAUUAAAAUAAGAAAAAUAGAAAUAGUCGGAUUUGUGAUAGAUGUUACUGAAGAUCCUAAAUAUUAUGAAUAUCAUGUUGAUGAUGGAACAGGAAAUAUUAUUAUUUAUUAUGAGAAAGAAGAUUUCAAAAGAGCUGCACUGCGAAGAAAGAAAAUUGACACUAAAUAUAAUAAAUGUGCAAAGAAUAUAGAUAUUAAAUCGUUAAAAACUCAAAAAUGCCCAAAACAUUUACCAAAUCCCCGUCCAAAAUUUAUAUAUUCUCCUGAAACAAGUAUAUCUGAUAUAGCUAUUUUUGAACAUAAUUGGUCACUGGAGACAAAUAAUGGGACAUUGGGUAGAAAACUAAAACGUUGUGCUCAUGUACACGCAGUAGGUUACUGUACAUUUGAUUUUAUGUAUACAAAGAAAUCAAGUGAAGAAAUUACAUGUGAAGAUUUAUUCAAUGCCAAACUAUAUUUUCUCGCAAACAGAAUUACUUGCAUAAGUGAACACAAAUAUAAUAAAAUAUUGCUUUUGUGGAUAAAUACAGUUGUUAGAAGACGAUAUGAUGAAAAUUUAAAUGAAGCAGCAUCUUCUUCCAAAACAUAGAAAUAAAAGUAGAUUCUACUAUAUUUUACAGAUAUAAAAUGUGACAAUUCUAUACAAUUGUUAAAUGAUGGAAUAAAACAAUUAUAAUGGUACUAGAUAUAUUACUGAAAAAGCAUUUAUUUAGAACAUUUUGGAUGCAUUAUUCAUAUGUUAAAUAUCAUAUAUCGAAUUAGAAAUUUUUUAUUGUUAAUUAAAUGGAAAAUUCACACACAAUGGAAGGUUACACGGCAAUGUCUUUUUUCAAUAAAUGCACAUUUGGUUGUUUCAGACUGUGAUAUAUUUACAUAUAAAUGGAAAUUUUAGGUAACAGAAUUAUCUAUUUCACUUAUAUUAGCUCUAGCUGUCACACUGGCUGUUACUAUUUCAUUAACCAAUUCGUUGUCGUUGUUUGUGACUAAUUCUGUUUUACUUGACAUCAUUACUAGCUUAUGGUACUGACAUCCAGUUAAGGGUAAAUGUGGUGCUAUUUCGCUUGGCUCUACAAAAAGUGAUGGUGGAACCUAGAAAAAAUUAAUUUGUGGUUUAUUUUAAUUAUUAUUUUGUUUACGUUGUAGAGCAGGAACUUCAUAGAAACUCGGGAGUUUGGUUAUCAAUAAAAUAUCAAUAAACAGUAUGUGUAAAAAAGCACAGUCUAUAUCUUAAAAGAAACACAGUAUAUUUUAAAAGGACAAGCAAAAAAUAAAUUUAAUAUGUAUGUAAUAUUUUAUUGAAACUUUUAUUAACAAAAAAAUGAAAAUAAAAAUGUUUUGUCAUUGCAUUAAUAUCUCUCUGAUACAGAGGCAAUAUAAAUUUUGACACUGACAUGUCAUAUUAUUGGUAUGGAUAAAACAUGAGCUGUCAUAGUUUUGUUCUAGAGUAUUGUUUGUAUUAAAACGAUAUUAAACAAUUA